AUGGCUGCAUGGCUUUGCCUCUGCCUGUACCAACAGGGAAGAAUAGACCUAAAAAAAAUUAGUGCCAGAUUGUCUUUAUAUAGUACUACUUUUUUGUUAAUAUUAAUUAAAUAUUUGCAGAGUGUAUUAGAAAAUCAAAAAAACUUACGUUUUUGGGAAGAUUACUUAAAGAGCCUUCAAUCUCUAGACUUUUCUCUAUUUUCUGGAAAACUUACCGUCCCAGUGAUGGUACCUGUUGGCAGGAGAAUCUUGUUUCGUGGACACUUAAAGCAUACUAAUGAAAUAACUGUUGCAAUUGGUGCUGAUUAUUUUGCGAAAUGCUCAUUGGAUCAAGCGGAAAUUCUAAGACAACACAGAAUUAAAGAUGCACAGUCCAAGGUAAAUUUAUAUAUUAAAGAACAGAAAUAUCUGGAAAAUAAAAUAUCUUUCAGUAAACAAAACAUAUUUGAUAAUGUUGGUGAAGAAAUAAUUGAAGAGUAUAGUGAAGAAGAAGAUCGAAAAUGGAGAGAAAAGCAUAGAGAAAAUAUGAAGAAACAUAAGUUGGAGUCUAAAGAUAAAAAUAAAGUUGCAGAUAGCAUUACAGAUGAAGAGUUGUGGACCAAGUUAGAAGAAUUAGAAUUACAAGAAGAAUUAGAACAUGAAUUAGACAACAUGAAUGCCACUGAAACAAUUAUGAAUUCAAGUGUAUUAAAUGACAAUAAUUCUAUUGCUAGUAAGGUCACAUUUGGGACAGAAAGAAAAAAUAAUGAAAAUAUUGAAAAGAUAUUAGAUAACAAACACUUGGAACAAAGUUCGAAUAAUAAUAUCAAUAUUGAGCAGCAGCCUGCUAUGUAUAAUAAGUUAACCCUAUUACAGAAAGUUAUUGAACGACAAAAUGAAUUAGGGGAAAAGUUACAACAAAUAAAAGAAAGAGAGAGAAACACAAAAUUAACUGAGGAUAACUUGAUUUCUAAACUUGAUGAAAUGGAGCAACUUGAGGAACUUGAAGAUGAAAUGGACAGGUUAGAUGAUAUGAUCCAUAGUGAAGAAGAGUAUAUUGAAGAGGAUUCUGAAAAAUCGUCAGACCAGAAAAUAAAGCGUAGUGUAAUUUUUGCAGAUGAAGAUGACAGCGAAACUUUAGAAAUAACAUUUAAGCACAGUGAAGUGAUACCAUUUUUGGAACCAUAUAAUCCAGAAAAAGGCAUACAAAAGCCCAGUGAUGUUUAUACAGCAUUUGGAAAUCUCUUUAGUGAAGAAACAACUUCAAUAUUGAAAAAGAAUAGAUAUGAAUGUGAUAAAGUUUUAACACCAGAUAAUAAAACCCAGGAAAGUUUAGAGUUGAAAGAUGAAAUAAAUUACCCAGCUCAAACAAUAUUAAUGAAAGAUGUUACAGAGCGAAAAGAUACAAAUUCCAAAACAGCUCACGACAAAGAUACUAGGCCUACAAGUUUAUUCAAGAAGAAACGAAUGCAAAAUAAAUCCUAA